GGCGGGUUCAGGAGUUGGUCUUGCUCUCUCCUGGGUGGCGCGGGAUCGGAAGUGCUUCUUCACUAUUUCCCCCGAUUGUUUUUUUUUUUCCUUCAUCCUCAUCUGAAACUUUUUUUUUACCCACACAUCACAACACAUCUUUGAAAGGAACCAUGAAGUGGAGCUGGGUGCUUGUGGCAGUUUUGCUGUCAUUUGGAGGGCUGUCAUGGGGCAAGGAGGUCUUGGACUUCCCCGAGUAUGAUGGCAAGGACCGGGUCCUUGAUCUGAAUGUCAAGAACUAUAAGUCUGUGAUGAAGAAGUAUGAUGUGAUGGUGGUGUACUACCAUGAGCAUCCCGGAUCCAGCCGCGCCGCCCAGAAACAGUUUGAGAUCGAGGAGCUGGCCCUUGAGCUCGCAGCCCAGGUCCUAGAAGAAUUUGAUGACGAAGAUAUUGGAUUUGGCCUCAUCGAUGAAAAGCAUGACAAGACUGUUGCAAAGAAGUUAGACCUCGAUGAGGCCGACAGCAUCUAUAUCUUCACGGAUGACGAGGUCAUAGAAUAUGAUGGGGAGCUUGCAGCAGACACGCUCGUGGAGUUCGUCUAUGAUGUUCUUGAGGACCCAGUGGAAAUUAUUGACAAUCAUAGGGAACUGAAAUGUUUCCAUAACCUCGAAGAGGACAUCAAACUGGUGGGCUACUUUAAGAGUCACAAGUCUGAACAUUUUGAGGCCUUCGCGGACGCCGCUGAAGAGUUCCAUCCUCACAUCAAGUUCUUUGCAACGUUCAACCCCAAGGUUGCCAAGAGUCUGGACCUGAAGAUAAAUGAGGUGGACUUCUAUGAACCCUUCAUGGAUGAACCUGUUGUCAUCCCUGGAAAACCCUAUACUGAGGAAGAGCUGGUGGAGUUCAUUGAAGAUAAUGACAGACCAACCUUGAGGAAGCUGCAACCACACAACAUGUAUGAGAUCUGGGAGGAUGAUGUUGAUGGUGAACACAUCAUUGCUUUUGCAGAGGAGUCUGACCCAGAUGGCUUCGAGUUCCUGGAGAUUCUGAAGGAAGUUGCAGAAGACAACACAGAUAACCCUGACCUCAGCAUUGUCUGGAUUGACCCCGACGACUUCCCCCUGCUUGUCCCACACUGGGAGAAGACUUUUGGAAUUGACCUGUCUUUCCCUCAAAUUGGUGUUGUUGAUGCUGAUGAUGCUGACAGUGUAUGGAUGGAGAUGGAUGAUGAUGAUGACAUGCCAUCUGUAGAUGAGCUAGAGGACUGGAUUGAAGAUGCUCUUUCAGGUGAAAUUGAUCCUGAUAAUGAUGAUGAUGAGGAUGAUGAUGACGACGAUGACGACGACGAUGAUGAUGACGACGAUGAUGAUGAUGACGACGAUGAUGAUGACGAUGAUGACGACGACGACGACGAUGAUGACGACGACGACGACGACGAUGAUGACGACGAUGAUGACGAUGAUGAUGAUGACGAUGAUUAUUAAAUCAUCAGUGUUAUAAUAACUUCAGAGGUCUGACCAAUGCAGUUUCAAUAGUUAAUAUCAUCAGCUUUCUCAAAUCAUCCUCUUUUGUAAUGAGUUAUUCUGCCGAAAUCGUCAAUUUAUUUUGACAUCCCAUCUUCUCAUGUCUUCAUCAUCCACACUCUGCAUCUUACCAGAACAAUAUUCCAUCGCUCAAUUUAUCAGGCCCCAAGCUAUUCUUCAAUCCUCCUGUGUAAAACAAGGAGAGUACCUUCUAAAAUAUCGUAAUAUAUAUUUUUUUUAUUUCCCUCAUGUAAGUGUCUUGUACAAUAAAACAAGAAAAGAAUUUCGAAACCUUGCCAUCUAAAGGCUACUGAUUUUUGUAUUACUCAAGUUUUUACUUUUCAAAAUACUGGAGGAGUUGCAAUGUCAAUGCAUUAUGUCUGAGUCCAUCUGUUAAGUCUGUUGCAGUUUGAAUGUGUUUUAUUUAUUUUCACUUACUUUCUUGCUUGCCCCAAAACCUCAACAACCAAAUCCAAGGGUGCUAGCAGGCUUCUCUGACAGGUCAUAUCAUCAGCCAGCCUACUCUGUUAAAUUCAUGUAACUUUGUGCACUGAGAGUGCUGUACAUCACACGGAUGUUUUCUAUGAUGAUGACAUAUGACAAACAGCCUUAUUCUAUUUUUGUAACAAGAGAAAUUUAACUUACUGUGAAGUCUUAAAUAAAUGACAGCUUGGA